AUGAAGUCUAUUCAGAGUGGCAUUUUGGCCGCAUUACCGCAUGCAGUUAUGGGUAUUGUGGUUUUGUGUGGUGGGCAAUUAGCUGACUAUUUACGUUCGCAUAAAAUACUCUCCACAACAAUGGUCAGGAAGUUGUUCAACUGUGGAGGAUUCGGUGGAGAGGCAUUUUUCAUGUUGAUCGUUGCGUAUGCUGACAACGCAAGAACGGCUGUUAUCGCGCUUAUUUUAGCUGUUGGUUCCAGUGGAUUCGCUAUUUCAGGUAUA